UAAUUCUUUGGCAAACUCUGGCACACCCUGUAUUGUUUAAGCGCCUGCGCUGAACGUCGCGACAAAAAUGCUGAAGCUCGAAACCAUGUCAGACGUCAGUCGAUUGGCAACGUUCGGUCUGUAAGCGAGGCAGCGCGUUCCGUACUUGGCUUCAAUUGGAGGCGCGUCAAUAAUGCCCCCCAGCGUCGCAUAGACAAUUGGGUUCACUGUCAUUGUCACACAGACACAGCAUAAAUAGCUGAGCGUGCGGCGGCUUCUAUUCAAUUGCAGCUAGUGAAAAAUCAGUCUUCCCCUUUGCUGGUAGCCAUGGAGAAGUCAUUUGCCAUCACACCCUGGAAAUAUGCGCUAUUCACGACAUGCAUUCUGAUAGCGGGCUUUAAUAUCUUGUUCUUCUCUUGUGGCGUUGUCACCUGGGGUUCCGCUGCGUCGGUCUAUGGCGGUUAUUCAGCUGCUCUUUGCGGCGUUUUAAUCUUUGCAGUUUCCUUUCUGGGCAUUUAUGUGGCUCUCAAAGAGUCGUAUAAGUUUUCUAAUUAUUAUAUUAUGUUUAGUAUUUUGACUAUCGUUGUGCUGACCACGUAUUUCUUCAUCUUCUCGAGCAUGAAGAGUCAAUUGUUGGUGAACUUUGAUGAGCGUAUUAAGCGACUCUUCGAAGAGAAGUCCACGCAGAAUGAUACAAUGCAGCCCAUACACAGCCUGUUCCGCUGCUGUGGCCUUGACGGACCGCAGGACUAUCUGGGCAAAGAGGAUGGCGGUGCCUUGCCGGCCAGCUGCUGCUAUGGCUUCGAUUGCACGGUUGCCUCACAUAUGUAUGAGGACGGCUGCGUCAUCAAGGCCGCCCACAGUCUCCAAUUCCAAGCUGAGAUUAAUUAUUAUGCAGCCAUUGUCAUCUUAGCACUGGAGUUCUUAAGUCUACUCUUUGCCUAUCUCAUGGGCAAGGCUCGCAAGCUCUUGAAAAUCAAGGACGACGAGGCACCCAUCAAUGAGGAUUAAAUAUAUGACUCGGCCUCUUUUUAGUGAAGUUUAGUUAGUUGUAAUACGAGCCAUGGCCAUGCCAAAAUUAUUCAAUUUAAUAAACGACAUAAUUAGC